GGUGCCGCGCCGAGAGUGUUGUUGUGUUGUCUGUUGCUGCCAAGGUCGGUGAAAGUAACUACUCCCGACCAAACACUUCGCUUAUUUACCCAACUAAAAAAGUACCACCCGAGGAGACAAACCGAGACAAAAAGAAAUCGGAUGAUAUAGACAGCAACCUGAGGUCCUCCACCAGAGAAGGUUUGCUGGAAUGGGUAACCUGCUAAAAGUCCUAACAAGGGAAAUAGAGAACUAUCCACACUUUUUCCUGGACUUUGAAAAUGCACAGCCAACAGACGGAGAGCGUGAAGUGUGGAACCAGGUGAACUCAGUCCUGCAGGACUCUGAGAGCAUCCUGUCGGGCCUGCAGGCGUAUAAAGGAGCCGGCCAAGAGAUCAGAGAUGCGAUUCAAAACCCCAGCGACCACAUGCUGCAAGAGCGAGCCUGGAACUCGGUCUGCCCGCUCGUCAUCAAACUCAAGAAGUUCUACAGUUUCUCUCUCAGGCUAGAGGAGGCUCUGAAGAGUUUGUUGGAGUGCCUGACAUGUCCACCCUGCACGCCCACUCAGCACCUGGAGAAGGAGCAGGCUCUGGCCAAACAGUUCGCUGAGAUCCUCCACUUCACUCUACGCUUUGAUGAGCUCAAGAUGAGAAUUCCUGCCAUCCAGAACGACUUCAGCUACUAUAGAAGAACCAUCAGUCGAAACCGGAUAAACAACAUGAAUUUGGAAAUCGAGAACGAAGUCAACAACGAGAUGGCCAACAGGAUGUCUCUGUUCUACGCUGAGGCCACACCCAUGCUGAAAACGCUCAGCAAUGCAACCACAAACUUUGUCACAGAGAACAAGACUCUUCCACUGGAGAACACAACAGACUGUCUCAGCACCAUGGCCAGCGUCUGUAAAGUCAUGCUGGAGACACCGGAAUAUUCGAGUCGUUUCAGCAGCGAGGACACGCUCUUGUUUUGCAUGAGGGUAAUGGUCGGGGUCAUCAUUCUUUAUGACCACGUCCACCCGAACGGCGCCUUCAACAAGUCCUCCAAGAUAGACAUGAAAGGCUGCAUAAAAGUCCUGAAGGACCAGCCGGCGGACAACGUAGAAGGCCUGCUGAACGCCCUCAAAUUUACCACAAAACACCUGAAUGACGAGUCCACUCCGAAAAACAUCCGGACGAUGCUCCAGUAAUGUUUGUUUUUUUUGUUGUUUUUUUUUAAAGUUAAAAAAAAUUAUAAAUAGAUAUGAAGAGGAUCACUGCUCUGACCUCAAAUAAGAUGUAUAUGUUUACAUUAUUUAAAAAGACUCGAUGUUAAUACUCGUGUGUAUUUGCAUAGUCAUUCCCUCCAAGUUAUUGAAACCUGCAGAACAUGUACCUUCUACUUUGCAAAAAAAAACAAAAAAAAACUCUACUGUUAACAGCUGUUGAAGCACAAAUGAUGGAUACCUAUCAGCCUUAUGUAACAGAGUUUUCUGCAAGCAGCACUUGAAAAUCCACUCAAGGCAGCAUAAAAAUGUCUGUAAGCUCUUAACUAAUCUUUUCAAUCUUUUAUUUGCCAAUGAAAUCAGUUCAAAUAAAAAUUAAAAUUGAGGUUUUUAGCCAAAUUAACCAGAUUCUUCAAAGUAAAUCUUUUUUUUUUUUUUUUUUUUCUUUGUUUUUUUGAAACAUUUUUUAAAAAUCCUGACACAAGUUCUGGUUGAUAUAUCACAAUGACACAUUUCAAGAAAAUCAACAUACAUAUAUUUAAUAUUAAAAAAAGAAGAAGAAGUGAAGCGGUGUCAUGCUGUUUUAUCACUUGGUGCACAUAGAAUGAGAUUUUAUGACAAUGUAAGAUCAAUCAAUGCUAUGAUGGGACGUUUCUGUUGCAGUGAAGGGCUAAAUAUUGAAAGGGAUUGACUGGUUUGAUGUAUUGCUGAGAGCAUUUGGGUGUUUUAUUUUUUUUUUUUUAUAGUCAUCAGCUGUCUUUUUUUUUUUUUUCUUUCUUCUCAAUCUUCAGCCUGGUGUUUCAAUACCUGUUCAAAUAAAUCCACUGUGAACUUAAAACUUACUUUGCACAUCCAGUAACAUCCUGUAUGUCAAAGUUGGCUUUAAUGGAGAGGUAAAGACAAUUGAAAAAAAAAAGGCUGUGAUAAUGAAUCACAUUAGCCAAUCACAACCCACCAAAUGUUUUAUGAAUUGUUUUUUUUUGUGGCCAUGCUCUGAAUGAUAGUUGUUGUCAUAGUUUUUGACAUGUUUUUAAGUGACUUCUCUCUUAAUCUGUGUGGUUUUGUUUUUUUUUGUAAUAAACAUUUCUCUAAAAAUGAAA